ACAUUCGUUAAUUAACCAGUAAAAUGAAAGCCAUCACACUUGUCCUUUUGGUUAUGGUUUCGGCCACCUGCCUGAUUAAAACUCAGGCCAGUUCAAUUAGAUGGAGCGAUCAAAACUUGGACUUUGAGUUCGACUUUGAAUCGGAGUUGGAACAGCUGCUCGAUGAAUUGGAUAACGAACUGGAUUAUAUGGAUGUGGAGGAACGGGGCUUUGUGGGAAGUGUCAGGAAAAUCCUUCGCAAAGCUUUGACCACGGUUCGUGGCACCAACUGCAUCAUCAAGGAGGUGGUGAACAUCCUGAGUUCCUGCACCAACUACGUGGAUGCCAUUGAUGCCUGUGGCACGGCGAUUCCCAAGGAUGUGGCCAAGAUUGUGAACUCCGUGAAGCAGAUUAUUAAUAUCUGCAAUGAUAUCAUCCACCUGCGUUCUCAACUGUGUGCUACGGACGAUUCCGAUGGUUCGGUCAUCAAGAACACAUCGAAAUGCUUCUGGAAAUUGUUUAUAUCCUCGAUGAAGUUGACCAGGAGGAUCAACGAGACCCUGAAGCUUAUUGCAAAAUUGCCCAAAGAUACCAGUUCCUGUUUCGUGGAUGCCACCAAUAGUGUUUCGGCUUCCUUCAAUUCUUUUUUGCCAAACAUCAACGUGUGCAUUGAUUCUAUGUAAAUGUUUACUUUAAGAAAAUACUAAAUGUUUUAGCAGAAAAAGAAACUUCAUACGACA